AUGCCUGGUUUCGCCGACUCAUUCUGGACACCCGACUACGCCACGGGCCUCGGGGUCCUGUAUGGGAAGUUGCAGCAGGGUGUCGUGGAGAACAAGCAGAUUCUGGCCAUAGCGUCUAUGCGGGCAGAUGCGGAGGAGCAAUAUGGCCUCCGCAUGGGAGAUAUUGCGCCAAGUGUUGAUCGGUUGAGUGCCGCGGGUUUCGGCAAAGACGAUGGUGCAAGUGCAUACGAAGGUGUUCGCACCGAGAUGAUCGAGGCCUCCAGGAAUCACCAGAAGAUCGCCAACAACAUCCGUGAACUUGUCGUGGCUCCUUUCCGUCGCUGGGGCGAUCAGCACGAAUACCGCGUGCAAACGUCUCACGACAAUCUGCAGGGUCGGAUCAAGGAACACUCGAAGCAGGUUGAGCUGGUCAAAAAGCUUCGGAGUCACUACUUCAACAAGUGCCGGGUGGUAGAGGAUCUGGAGGAGGAGAACAAGCUUGCUUUCCAGGACCCCGAUACUAGCCCCAAGAUUAAGCCAACACCGAAGAUCGUUCUUCCCACCGAGGAAGAGGAGGAGGAGGAAGAGCCUGUCGAACUGGGAGAUCGCAUUUUCGCCCCGGAGGAUAUGAAAAAGCUGUUGUUCCACAUGCUGAACAAUAUCAGACUCGGGGAGGCUAAGGUGCCUAUUAUCGGUACAUACCAGAACGUCUCUACGGGUGCAGACAUUGUCGCGUAUGUUCAGACUUACAUGAACGCUUCGACUCUUUCCCAGGCGGAACGUAUUGGACAGGAUCUGGUGGACUCCGGCUUUUUGCGUCUCGUUGGAAACAUGGGUAGUGUCUUUGCCAACUCCUCGAAGAUGAACUACCAGUGGCGCUCCAGGGUCUUCCAGAUUACCGGUAUUCCGGAGAAGAAGAAGCCUUUGAUGCGAGUGACCUCUGCGGCAUCGAGCGAAGAUGGGAACGAUUCGCCCAUUUCAUCGGUGUCGGAGAUGAUCGCUGGCUGGAAUCCUCUCAACAACCCUUACCCCAAUGAGACUCCAGCAGAGAAGUUGCGCAGAGAAGCAAUUGAGGCCGACGAGCGCUACAAGGGCGCUGUGCGGAAGCUCGAUCAAAUUCGCUGCCGUCUUGAGGAAGAUGUCAUUGACAACUUGCGCUUUAUGGAGCAGUGUGAACUGGAUCGUCUCAAGGCUAUCAAGGCUGUGGUCCUCGACUUUUCGGGUGCCAUCAGCAACGUUAUUCCUAACCUCCAGAGCACCGUCGAUAAUAUGAUGCUGUACCAGGAGACUAUUCAGCCGUUGGGCGAUUUGAGAUACCUGCUGGAGAACUACCGUACAGGUGGCUUUGUUCCACGUGUACAGGCCUACGAGAACUAUUAUGGCUCAGUCGAAGAACAAAACUUUGGUGUUGAUCUUGAAGCUAGAGCUCGGGUCGACCGCAAACGUGUUCCAAUUUUGGUUACAACCCUUCUGACCUAUCUGGACAACCGCUACCCUGAGCUUGAGGGUGACGAGGCCCGUCGCGCCAUUUGGCUGCACAACCCUAAGUUGACUCACACACACCAGCUACGCAGCGCUCUGAACAACAGCAAAACGGACUAUCUUGAAAUCCUUCCCAAGUUUGAAAUACCCACCGUUGCUAGCGUUUUGAAAUUGUACCUUCUUGAAUUGCCAGACUCUCUUGUUUCUUCGCAAGUUUACGAGAUCGUCAAAACAAUCUACUCGACCACUGCUCACGAGACCACGGAAGAGGGACGAAUCAAGGUCCUGCAAAGUACUCUUGGACAACUUCGUCUCGUCAACAUUGCUACGCUUGAUGCCAUCAUGACCCAUUUCACACGCCUGAUUGACUUGACUUCAGCUGAUGAACAGUACAUUACCGCUCUCGCACAGGUCAUGUCGCCAUGCAUUCUGCGACCUCGUGUCGAGAGCAGUCUCACUAUGGAUGAGCGUCACAGUUACCGCCUCAUCCGUGAUCUAUUCGCUCACAAAGAUACCAUCUUUGGUGAGCUGAAGCGCCAAACCAGCGCUAUGGGCAGCAUUUCCUCCAGCCGCCCGAGGGCGAUCAGCAGCGAUGAGAGCAAUCGUCGUGCCGCCAUGGAGGCUCGUCAGCGUGCCAUUGUUAACCGUAGCCGAGCUACCAGCCCGACCGGGCGUUCACGGCACCGUCGUGACCGCUCCAGCGGUGCAUCCGAGAACGGACGAUUCCCCAUCAACGUUACCAGCCCUGCCGAGCGCCGAACCACCGGCCGUGGCAUCAGUCUCGAUGUUCCUACCGCUAGCAGCUCCCCGACUAACUCUGAGCAUACCCCGACUGUGAAUACCAACAUCACCGACGUUGCAACCAACGGAACAACCGAGUCACCGGCUUCGGCGGCUGUGACUAGUGCCACCACACUCUCCUCAGGACUCUCGUCGGGUUCUGACAGCCCCCCUCCGCCUCCGGAGACCGUCGAAGAUGACUCUCCUACUCCCACACCCACGCCAGCCCUCACAUCUACCGAAUUUGAAAAGCGCAGCUCUAUCCCCCGCUCUGCAGGUGCUCGGUACACCCGCAAGCCGGGUCUGGGAAGUCUUUCUAGCUUCCCUACCGGGUCCGCCGUCGGCGCCACAGGCACUGAUAGCAACCGCAGCAGCAUCGUGGAGAGCGAGCCUAAGGGCGUAACUCUGGAAGACAAGCCCAUGGAUGAUUAA